AUGAUCGACUCGGUUCGAUAUCUCGUCGAAAACUGGGAGGUUAUCGGGAAUGGAUUGCUCUAUAAAUUGAAAGAUCAGAGAUUUUUGUUAGCGGCGUUAAAAGGGUUAAGGAAUGGAUUGGUGUAUGGAGCCCGAAUCCGUGCUCCGCACGCUCUGGUUAUGGUGUUCUUGUUUGGAGAGGGAACAAUCCUUCAAAAACUGCUCACCAUCCUCCGUCUCACCAAAACCCAUGCCGUGAAUCUUGCAAAAUUCGUGUUCUCCUACAAAUUCCUUCAAGGAGCCCUGACAGAAGUCGACGGAAAGAAGAAGCCGUGGCACAGUGCGGCCGCGGCGUUCGUGAUGGGAUACUACGUGUUUGGGGAGAAUAACGCGGUUAAUAUGCAGAUAAACUUAUACCUAUUGUCUCGGGUGGUAGUAGGACUGACGAAGCUAGCCGCCAAUGAGGAAAUUAUUCCACAACCAAACUUCCCCGUGUUCCCGUGGUUCGCCGCCGCCGUUUGGGGACUCGUCUUGUGGUUGUUCGAAUUCCAUCCUACAGUACUCCAAGGAUCUCUACAGAAAUCGAUGACCUACUUGUAUCAUGACUCCAACUUUUGGACCGAUAUUAAGACGUUCUUGUUGAGAAAUAAGUAG